UGUCUGAGUCCACUGGCAGGUCGUCAUCCAGCCACUUCCUCUCAGCAGAGAGAUCAGAGAGCACUGUGAGGCAGCUCAUAGCAGCUUGAGAAAAAGAUCAGUUUGGCGUCUAGAAACAGCCAUGGAUGCGCUGAUAACAGGGGUGGUCGUGCUCUUCUCUCUUUUUAUGCCCGUUCGUUGUUCAGAUGGUUUUUUCACUGAUCCGGUAAUCUGCUACUUUUUGGAUGCGUUCCUGAUGGUCUACUGUAUCGCAGUAACGGCACUGUUCUUCAGAGAAAAAUUCUCCAAAAUGAAGUUUGCUCCACCUGAGUCUGAGGAUAAAGGGGGCAUUUAUCAGGAACUUGAGAGGCCAGAUGCUGAUCCUUAUCAACAGAUUCAUCCAAAAAAAGCAAAGAAAAAAACUGACAAGAAGCGACCAAAGGGCAACCCUGAAAGAUCAGCACCCGUAUAAAUCCGUCCCUUCAACCUGCCCGGUCUCCUUAGGAAUGUACUCAACAUCUCCAGAGACAGUGAAGCGAACCGCAACUGAGAUUAUUGGAUGAAUCUUGCCAGUUUUACUUUUCAAGUUUUAAGUACUCUUUCCUUUUCUCCUUGCUUUAAUGUAACCUAUUAACACUUUCCAUUUAAUUUGCUGGUAGGAUGUCUAACAGACAUAACGGGCUUUAAAGCAGCCAAGAGCAGAUAUGUACAUAGGCUGUAUGAAACAAGAACCCAAGUUUCAUUGACCUGCAUAAAUCAGACUAAAUUUUUCCUUUUUUGGGUCAGUUAGUAAUAACUGAAUUAUUUGUUUGCUUAAAAUGGCAAUAUUUUUAUAUACAUCUCCUUAUAUGGAAUGCAGAAAUCUAUUUUAACUGUUUAUUGGCUUGUUGUUUAUUUAACCUGCAAUCAUUCUGCAACUAUAUGAAUUACUUUCAAUAAAAUGAAUUAUGGCGAUUUGUACCUUUAGAAGGGUAAUGAACUGUAUGCAGCAAAACACAUGUCAAAACACUUGGAAAACAGUUUUAAUGAUGUUUACAACAAAAAAAGAACUGUACAUUUACAGUAAAAGAUUAUCUUUGUAUGUGUAUAAAAACAAAAAUACAGCAGACAAAUGCAUCAAAUUCUACUAUGUAUCCUGAUUCACAUACUUAAAACUCCUACACCAGCUUUCAUUUCUAAACCUCCAUGACUGGAAGCCUUUACUUAUGCUUUUUUUUUUUUAUUAAUAUCAGAGCAGUGUCCCUCUCUCAGUGUUGUAUUUUAUGUGAAAACCAAAACUCUUUACAUUAGAGUCCUGGAAAGUAAAUCGAUCAACUACAGAGUAAGAAACGGAGGAAAAUAAAAACAAAAACAUUCCUUUAGAUCAGCCCAAGCUACCGACGUGAAAUGUUUUACAGAAAGCAGUUUUUAAGAUACACUGACAUAAUAUGUACAUGGUUGGCAUCUUUUUUUCUUGUUUUUUGUUUUUGUUUUGUUUUAUUGAAAGCCGUGGUUGCCUGGGC